GUUGCAUGGGGCUCUUGCGGGUCGGUGCUGGAGUUGCGCAUCUCUCAAAGCCGCUUCCAUAGUCCCCUCUCAACCUCACACUUCCCAUUUCCUGCUGCGAGCAGUGGUUUCGCAGAUCCCGCCAGCAAUUGAUUCCAUCCUGCUGCCGCUGUUUACCCGGUCGUUCGUGUUCCUGGCAUCGAUCGGCUGAUCUUUCUCACGUCUGUGCUAUACUACAGCUGUUCUUAUCACCGUUUGAAGGUGGUUGUGAGUAGUUAGCGCGGUGGGUGUUUAGGAAUGUGGAAAAUAGCUGAGUGGGGAAGCUGAGAGUCUGUAAACCUUGGCUCGAUUCGAUCUUCUUCUGGAUCCUUGUUGAAGCUGUCUAGACUUUGUGUGGUGAUGGAGACGGUUGGGUUGUUAGACGAGGCUGUUUGCUGAUUUUAUAUUAGUCGCGCGAGUGUUUUUCAAUGCUUGAAGUUUUAAGUUGGUACUUGAUUGACAGGUAGUAGUAUGUUGUGAACAUAACGGGUGGUCGAUUCACUAGACAUCAAAGUAUCGAACUUGAACACACUGUUGAAUUGACAGCUGAGGGUAGAGAGUUGGACGCAGCAUGGCGACCCAGUCGUCGUUCAUUACGUCAUUGGUGACCUCUUUAAUCGUCUUUCUCGUAUUGUGGCUAGUCUAUGCAAUACUUUCUCGUCGACCCGGGAACGCUGUGAUUUACUACCCUCUUCGUGUACUACGGGGUGAAGAUGGGCCAACAGUGGCUAAACGCCGCGGUGGAGCAUUCGCAUGGGUCAGAGAAGCCUUCAAAGCGAAAGAAGAUGACAUAGUCGCUACAGCCGGUUUAGAUGCAGCAGUUUACAUGCACCUCUUCACCGCAGCUUUUCAGAUAAUUCUGAUCUCGGCCAUAUUUUGCUUGCCAAUCUUACUUUCCCUUGCGGGAACAAGCAAUUAUAAUCAACAGCAACGGAUGAUGGAUGGAAAUUUCACAUACACCAAUAUCGACAAUCUGGGCAUGGGUAACAUUGAGCCACAAAGUUCGAAGAUAUGGGCUUUCAUGCUUGGAAUGUUCUGGGUUUCUCUCGCCACGUACUACGUUUUGUGGAAAUCCUACCGUCGUGUUGUCUACAUGCGCGACAGGGCGAAUGCCAAUGCAGCUGCUCGCCCCCAGCAGUACACUGUUCUGGUCAGAGAUAUUCCGAAGCCGGUCGGCAAAGAGAGCAGAACUGAUCAAAUAGUCAACUUCUUCGCCAGAGUUCAUCCGGGUGUUUUCAGUCGCGUGCAACCUGUACAUGACAUCAAACCGGCUGGGAAGAUAUUCAGUGACCGUGAAGACGCAUUGCGGAAGCUCGAGCACGCCGAAGGUGUAUGGGAGAUAUCAAAGCAGAAGGGUGAUGGUGCUGGACAACGCCCAAUGCACAAGACCGGGUUUAUGGGCCUGUUGGGCCCCAAGGUCGACUCCAUCGACUACUGGCGAGCUAAAAGCCAGGAAAUGAAUCCACAACUGGAAGCUGAGCAAAGACACACACUCCAAGAAAUGCAACAGGCAGCUGCAUUCGUCAUUUUCAGUGACCGGCGCUCUGCUGCUGAAGCUUCUCAGGUGGUGCAUGCUCCUCAUGCUCUGAGGUGGAGAGUUUCUCAAGCACCAGAACCCGAAGAGGUAGUUUGGAAAAAUCUACAUAUACCUGCAUGGCAGCGCGCCAUUCGAAGAGGCGUCGUCGCUGUUCUCACAUUUCUCUUAAUUGUGUUUUACAUGAUUCCUAUUUCAUUUGUUGCGUCUCUCACAACACUCGAAAAUUUGGAGGAACUUCUACCCUUCAUCAGAUCCAUUACCCGGAUCUCAGUCCUCGGAAACAUUAUCCAAGCAUACUUACCCCAACUAGCUCUGAUCCUCUUCCUCGCAUUGUUACCGCAUAUUUUGAUUCUCCUGUCGAGGCUCGAGGGAUUCCCAGCACAGUCUCAAAUAGUGCGAUCAGCUUCAGCAAAAUAUUUUUAUUUCGUCAUAUUCAAUGUGUUUCUGGGAGUGACCAUCUUCGGCGCCGUCUUCUCUAAUCUCAGCAGUUUUCAAGUCCUUUUAGAUCAGUCUAAUCUGUCAGUUAGCAGAGUGGUGCAACUUUUGGGUUCAAAGUUGCCACCAGUUGCCAGUUACUUCAUCACUUAUGUUGCUCUCAGGUUUUUUGUUGGUUACGGUUUGGAAUUAUCACGAAUUAUUCCGUUCAUCAUUUUCCACCUCAAGCGCAAAUUUAAGUGCAAGACUGACAGGGAAGUAAGAGAAGCGUGGGCACCUGGGGCAUUCAAGUACCACAAAAGUGUUGCAAGUGACAUGCUCAUUCUUACCAUUACUCUUUGCUACGCAGUCAUUGCACCCCUGAUCCUAAUCUUCGCCGCAGCGUACUUCGGUCUCGGAUGGUUAGUCAUGCGUAAUCAGGCUUUGAACGUCCAUGUUCCCGACUUUGAGAGCCAUGGAAGCUUUUGGCCGCACAUCCACAAUCGUGUUCUGGCAGCCCUGUUCGUUGCUCAGAUUACUGCUAUUGGUUACUUUGGAAUCAAAGAGUUCCCAUUUUCGCCCUUCUUGAUUGUUCUACCCAUUCUUACUGUAGUUUUCUAUAUGUUCUGCAAGAAAAACUAUUAUCCAUCGAUCAAAGUGGUGUCCUUGUACGUGGCGGCUGACGUUCCCAAAGCUCAGCCAUCUGCCGAAAGCAUUGCCCAUACGUAUACGCCUGUUCCUCUGCAGGAGGGACAUCCGGGUAUUGUUGAUAGACGAUCAAACUUAGCUACCAAAAUUGAUAGCACUGUUAAUGCGGUUGUUUAGAUUCUCCAACUUCCUUUUAGGUACUUCAUGUAUGACAGUGGAGCUCUCUUUUUACUGGAGAGAUGUGCUUUAUUUGCGUGCGAUGCCAGAGCGCGUCUUGGUCAGAUUUAUUUGCCGCAAUAGACAAGUGAGAUUUAGAAUCUGCUGUAAUUUAAUGUACACACGCUUAGGAGAGGGUAGUCUUAUAGUUAGCAAAUAGACUCAUCAAUGGCAACUUGAAAAGCCGACGUCUAGUGUAGGUUAGGGAGUGGCCAGAUUGUAUAUUGACGAUCUAUGUAUCCUGCCAUUCGUGAAAAGAUUUGUGUUCAGUUUC